UUUAUGGAAAAAGGUGAGAUUUUUAUUGAAAUUUGAGUGAAUUUUAUGGUAGUGGGUAUGGAUUGUAGAGUGUAUGCUGCAACCGGAGACUCGUGGUUGAUGGUGGGUGAUGGUGGUUCCGGUGGUGGUGGCGGCGGGGGACAAAUGUUGGGUGGUGCAUUUAGUCAUGAAAGUGAACAUGAUUUGGCAGCAAUGGUUAGUGAUUUCUUGGAAAAUGGAAGUAGUUGCGGUGGUGAUUCUCGGUGUAGCAGCGAUAGCGAUUCCGGGUUUUGUGAACUUGCUCACCUUGCCGACAAGAUUUCGCACUACAAAGUUUCCCCGGAUCAACAUGGGAUGGACAUGCUGUCGGUGGUCAAUUCUCUCAUCCUAUCCAUCAAUUCGAUGGACCUUGAGUUUCUCAGAUGUGGUUCUUGUAAAGCUAGUUGCAUAAGGUUCUCUCUGGUCAAACUUCUGAGGCUUUCUGGUUAUGAUGCUGCUGUGUGCAUAUCAAGGUGGCAGGGCUCCGGAAAAGUUCCUGGAGGAGAUCACGAAUACAUUGACAUUAUAAACUACAACGUUUCAGGAAACUCUGACCGUUUAAUCAUUGACAUUGACUUUAGGAGUCACUUUGAGAUAGCUAGAGCCGUUCCCUCCUACAGUAGGAUACUGAAGUUGCUUCCUGUUGUCUAUGUGGGUUCAUUGCCAAAACUGAAACAGUUUCUUCAAGUAAUGGUGGAAGCUGCUAAAUCUUCGCUUAAACAGAACUCCAUGCCACUUCCUCCAUGGAGAUCGCUUGCAUAUCUUCAAUCCAAAUGGCACUCCCCCUAUCAGAGACAAAUCCAUUAUGAACUAGAAAUGGUUCGUUACUCCUUUGUUUCUGAACACAACCUCUGUGCUGGACACCUGGACCGGCUAAAAACUUUAAUCCAGUUUGAAAUGGAAACAAGGAACAAUUUAAAGAAGCCCUCUGGCCGAGUUAAGAUUGACAGGUGGAGGCUAAGAACACCGUGAGAUGUAUAGAAAUUUACGGCUAAAUAAGAGAAACCCGUCAAGAUUGAUGCUUUUUUUCUGGCCAUCCGAUGUCCUGAUGGGAUGGUAUACUAGUUUUUUUUCCUCUGCACCUGAAGAAAUCUGGUGCCUUUGCUUUGUUUAUUUAUAGGUUUUCAUGGUUUUUUUUUUCCAUCAUUUGAUGAUAAUCUGAUCCUCAGUGUUUUGUUAUGUGGAUCUGAAGUUUUGUUUUUUGAUAUAUUUUAUUUCAUUGAGAUGUCUAAAGAGUUGCUUGAACUA